AUGCCGUGCCGGAGGGAGGAGGAGGAGGAGGACGAGGACGACGAGGCGGCGGCGGCUGGAGUGGAGGAGGAGGACGCCGAGGGGGAGGGGGAGGAAGAAGAGAGCUUCCUCCUGCUGCAGCAGUCGAUGACCGUCGGGGGCUCGGGGGACGUGGACCGGCUGGUGGCCCAGAUCGGGGAGGCGCUGCAGCUGGACGCGGCGCACGGGAGCCGGCCCGCCCCCCGGGGGCCCCUGGCGCUCAAGCAGCAGUCGCCGCCGCCGCCGCCGCCGCCGCCGCUGCGACCCCAGGUCCUGCAGCUGCUGCUGCCUCCGGGGCCGGCUUCGGCGGCCCUGCAGCCCUCGGGACCGCUGCAGUGCGCGGGGAGCGGGGCCCGCGCUGCCCUAUCCUGGGCGAGCGCCGUGGGCACCUCCUCGCAGCCUCCGCCGCGGGCGCCGUCGGGUCCCUGCGCCCCAGGGGGGGCCCCGGCCCGGAGCAGCGCCUGUGGCCCGCACGUCUGCAAGCGGGGCUUCCCGCAGUCGCUGCCGGGCCCGUGCCGGCGCGCCUGGCUUCGGGGCGCCGCCGCCUCCCGGCGCCUGCAGCAGCAGCAGCACCAGCACCAGCACCACCAGUACCGGAACCGGGGGCAGCCGGGGCUCCGGGCCGGAGAGGAUGACCCCCACCAGUUUCUGCAGCAGCUUGUCCUCUCGGGGAACCUCAUCAAAGAGGCCGUGCGACGACUUCGGAGAGCUGUGGCAGUAGUUGCUGGCGCCGUGGCCCCCACUGCCCCCAGCGCCGGCCCCUCCUGCGUCUUUGCCUCCGGGGGCGGGAGGGACUCUAUCUCCCUGCAGCCCUCGACGACCGGUCUGCUCUAACCGGGAGUAAACCUGGGGCACAUACCGGCUGAUGGCAUACUGGUCUCCAGCAGCUACUGAACGCGGCAGGCCAAGAGGCAAGAAGAAGAGGGGCGGCUGAUACCCUGGGGCUGCCGCCCCAAAGACUGACAUGGACAAACUUGGGGUCCAGGGGAAUGGGUGGGGAGACAGAGAAAAGGGGCCUUCUGCUUAAUUGGAGGCAAACAAGGAACCCACAGCUUUAGCGAUUGGGGAGGGGAAGGUAAAGGGGUAUUAGAAAACAAAGUUGAUGGGGUGGGUCUGGGUGGUUUACCUUGUAUGUUACUGUCAGCCUCGGGCCUGAGGGCAAAUACCCCAGUCAGUUCGGGAUAAAUUAAUAUGGCAGCUAUUACUUUCAUUGCCUGGGCCUAAUUUUUCCUCUGAGGUCCAGUGAUUGUACUAAAAGUAUGGGGAUCCGAUGGGUUCAAAAGACAGGGGUUUUUAUAUGAUAACACUUGAAAACUGUUAUGUGCGUACAUUUCUUUUUUAUUUUGGGAAAUGCUUAAGGAAAAUGGUGCUACAGUUGCAUUGGGAAGAAAUAUUGGGUGGAGAAUAGUUUUGGGGCUGGAUGGGUUGAGUGGGACCUAUCCCAUUUUCUGUUGUGAAUGGGCAGUUGGCUUUUCCCGGGAGGGAAUGAGAGGAGAAGAAAGGGUGGAAUUCACUAGGUGGGGGUGGGAAAUAGUUGACGUUAAAUGCUUCUUGCAGUCUGAAAAGGCAUUUGAGAAUCUGUCCUUCCCAGUCUGUUUCCUUCAAGGUCACUGUUUCCCACAAGCUAUGUUGUGACUCUCCUGGCAGGAGAGUAACUGUAUCCUGGCUCGUUCUGCUUGUACUCUAAGCGGAGCCCUGUGUUGUGCAACUGCUGGGUGUCUCCUGAGGACAUGCACGCUGUGCCUACUAGUGGGGAGGGGAUGGUGGAUGCGUGCUUUCGGCGCAUAGUCCUUUUUAGAGCUCCUCCUGCCGUUGGCUACAGCUCUUGGCAAGGGAUCAAGAUUUCCUAGAAACUGUUAGGAAAAAAGCGCUCACUUGUGUUUCUUUUUCUUCCACUGUGACCCUCCUAGCGUCUCUCUCCUUUCUGUCUAGUUUUCGAGCCCUCCUUUGGGGUUCCUCUAUCGGGAUGUUUGUAUGUGAUAGAAAAUGAGGGUGGGAGGGUUUAGAGGAAGGACGUGCAGACUUCUAAUGGCCCCUCUGGAGCCUCUUGCAAUAAUAGCCGCGAUUCCCUUGAUGGAGGUGGCUUAGUUCCUUUUCUCUCUCCAUAGCUGCUUUUCUUUUGUGAGUGAAUGAAACCAGUCUAAAAAUGUGACCCUCUGAAUGGAGGAGCUGCAGGGCUCACCAUUGUGAAAUAUAAUGAGGUGUUGGAAACACACCGUCCCUGUGAUUUAAGGUAGCCGAAGAACAGUUGUAAGAGGUUGAUUGCUUGACUCAUUCAGAUACGGUUGUUGAAAUACUGGUGGUCCUGAUUUAAUAGGAUUUAUCUUUUAUUGAAAUGACUGAAUAAACCUGUUUUUUUUUGUUUGUUUUCAUAUUGUAGUGUUUCUGGGUGGGAAAGUAAACAUCUGAUACCCUUAACAAUGAACAGAUUUGAAAUGCAUCCCAUGGUGCCUGUUUUUAAAAGUUCAUGGAAGGAUGUGUUUAUUAAGCAACCUUUGUUUUGGGUUAAAAUGGGAAAUAACAGUGUGAGUAUACAAGAUGAAGAGAAAAUGAAAUAGAAUCAAAUAAAAGAUACAACCUGA